AGCCACAGAAGGAUUCACAGCUUGAGAGUGCAAGUUCCCCUGCGCUAACAAAAAAAAACCCCUGAUUUCCGAGACAUCAGACGGCCGAGGGGCUGCUAGAACAAAGAAAUUCUAUUUGUUGUCAUUGCUCCGAGGUUGCCAUGGAUGACCAGUAUGACGAAUAUCUGGAUGAUUUUUUUUCGUCCAACAUCACCGAAGACCCACAAUAUGUCGUGCACAACGAGACUGUGAUUUUGUGCGAAAAGAAAAACGUGAUUCAGUUUGGUGCGCUGUUCAUCCCGACGUUCUACUACAUGAACUUCUUGCUGAGCCUUUUGGGAAAUGGUCUGGUUCUGUGCAUCAUCUACAAGUAUGAGAAGCUCGGUACGGUCACCAACAUCUUCCUGCUCAACCUGGUCAUCUCGGACCUCUUGUUCGCCUCCACCUUGCCUUUCUGGGCCGUCUACCACCGUUCCGAGUGGAUCUUUGGCCCUGCCCUCUGCAAGCUGGUAGGUAGCUUGUACUCGAUCGGCUUUUCCAGCUCCAUCCUCUUCCUCACGCUCAUGACCUUCGAUCGCUACCUGGCUGUGGUCCAUGCCAUCACGGCUGCCCAGAGCCGCCGGAGGGUGUACGCCUUCUCCAUGUCUUCUGUCGUCUGGGUUCUCAGUCUCAUCUCUAGCCUUAAAGACAUGGUCCUCUACAAUGUACGGGAGAACAAACCAAGUGGCUGGGUGUGUGAAGAGAGUGGCUACACAUACCAGACCAUAGUCAAAUGGCAGCUGAUGGGUUACUACCAGCAGUUCGGGUUGUUCUUCCUGCUUCCACUGUUGAUGGUGUUCUAUUGCUACGGCCGAAUCACCAUUCGCAUCGUCUCCACGCGAAUACAAGAGAAGUGCAGGGCUGUCAAGCUCAUCUUUGUCAUCAUCUUCACAUUCUUCAUCUGCUGGACUCCCUACAAUGUGGUCAUCCUCCUCAAGGCCCUUCGCUUGUCCUCCAGAGACAAAUCAUGUGGCGAUGACCUGGACUACGCAGAAUAUGUCACGCGUAACAUCGCAUACUUAUAUUGCUGCAUCAGCCCUGUGUUCUACACCUUUGUGGGGAAGAAAUUUCAGAGUCAUUUCCGGAAACUUCUAGCUAAGCACAUACCGUGUUUGAAGACCACCAUCCUGUCGUCUCAAAGCAGCAGGACCACAUCUUUCAGGAGCCCCAAUACUGAGUACUACUAACUGAUGAAACUUCACACUGGAAGGAAUUUGGAAUUUGGUCAUUUUAAACUUCUGAAUACUGGGUUCUUCUGAACUUCUGAAUAUUUCACGGUCCUCACAUGAUAAUAUUGUGAGGUUUUUAACUUCGGAAUACUGGGCUCUUCUGAAUUUCUUAAUAUUGGGAGGUUCUGAACUUCUUAACAUUGGGAGCUUCUGAACUGCUUAAUACUGCGAGGUUCUGAAGUUCAGAAUAUUGGGAAGGUUUGAAUUUCUGAAUAUUGGGAAGUUUCUGAAAGUUUUGUAUAUAGCUGACACACUGAUGCUGGCUGCAGGGUUUAAGACUGUGAGCAUUUUCAAUGGUUUGUCAAAAUUAGUUUAUAUGGUGUGUGCCUUUCAGAAAAGUGUUGAAAGCUGUUGUGAGAAUAGUCAGAAUUUGAAAUGAGUCAAAAAGGAAUGAAUACGAGGAAGUUGCACAACAUGUGAUAAAACCAUCUUUGGUUUCUUUGUGCUUAGGCUGUUUUUCUAUGGUUAAUUGUAGCUGUUGUGUAAAUGAGGGGUAUUUAGCAUAUUAUGAAAAUGUAGCAUGAAAUUAACUAUUCAGAUCUUUAGGAAUAAGAUGUAAAUAGUUCUCUUUUUUUUCCCUUAUUGUGUUGUUGAUGCUUGGAAACUGAAACAACUGAUGAAUUUAAAAAAAAAAAAAAAAUUUUUAACCCUCGAAUCUGAUCAAUGUGUCUUUUUCAGUUAUGUCUAGUGAGUUAAGAUUUUAACUUCAUAUUUUUUUCUCAAUUCAACUCAGAGUAGACGUUCCUUCCUGAUUAACUAAAUGCAUCCUGGUAUUAAGUAAGGAAUAAAACACUUGAAGACAUGCUGUUAGAAGAAAAUAAUCAUUAUGGUGUAGUCUUACGUGAAGCAGCGUUAAUCUGACCCCAUCAAAGUUGAUUAUUUUCCAAUAACAGCAUGCCUCCAAGUGUUUUUAUUCCUCUCUUUUUUUUUCAAUUUGCAAUACUAACAAUUUUUUACUUCAUUAAAGAACGUGUACUUUUCAUCUGUUUAUAGUUACGUUUAACGUCAUGUUAUUGAAAAACUGCAAAGCCCUUUGUUCUGAAGUUUUAAUGGGAGGUGUCAAAAAACUUUACAGCUUUACCUAAGACCGUUAAAAAGUGCUGACACUGGAGACUCCUUCCCAAAAAUGUUAAAUAAAUGUUUCUUCACAGAAAAUUUCCCCAAUAUUUACAAUUACAUGUUUGUUUGUUUUUAUCUGCUUAUGUGGCAUGUACUCCAUAGAAGUCUCUGUGUAUGUUGUUGCUAUGAAAAUGAUAACAGAUUAGAACAAGUGCAUUAAAAUAAACCUGUGAUUUUAUCAUCA